AUGCACUUUUUGAGUUCCAGACAGGCCUCCUCGCUUCUGCAAACGGAGAGCGGAAGAAGCAGCAGACGACGCGUCGUCUCGUGCGUGCGCAGGCCGCCCGCGCCGUUGUCCGCGCUGGCGCCUAGAGCCGCCUCUGCGCACCUGCAGCAGCUCGCCGAGGAGACCGACGCCGCAUUCGAGCGUGGAGAGAGCAGCUGCGUCGGCGACCAGGCAGAGACUGGCGGAGGGCGCGCGGCCUGCGGAGGCCCUGCCCGCCUGCAAAGACGCGGAGGAGACUCCCCCAAUCGAGGCAGCGUCUCCUUUCGUUCGAAAAGACCGAAGGUGCGCCUGGGCGUGCAGCUUGACCAGACGUUUCCGUGGGUUGCGGAUCUGCCGCAGGGGGUCGCGGUCAGGCAUCUCUCGUGUGCAGCCAAUCACGUUGCGCUUUUAACUGAAGAAGGGAGAAUCUUCGUCUACAAGAUUCGACAGCAUCCGUGGCAAGGGGCGGGCUUCGACACAUGGCUGCCGACCACCUCAGUCGCCGAUAGGCGCUUCGUUCACGUCGAAAUCAAAUCUCUCGAUUUCGGCGACGCUCCGCUGGACGUCUUGCUCGACCCUGCCUACGCGCCGCGGCCCUGCGCUCUCACUCCUCCCUCCCAUCCUUCUUCGGCUGUAAAUUCUUCUGCUUCGAGGGAGGUUCCUGCUGGAGGGGAGAGGCCUGAGGGCGAGGCACCCGCGCGCGGCGAAGACUCGGAAGUCGCAAACUCUGGGGUUGAGAACGGCGCGACGGAAGAGGAGACAUGCAAGGCCGAAGGGAGAGAGCGAGCGACGCCGGAGCGAAAACCAGAAGAUCCCUCGCGGAGCUCAGCGCCGCUCGCGGCGACGACCUGCCGCUGCGCGUCGAGAGAGGAAGACGCCACAAGCUUAUUCGGGCUCGCCGCUCUGGAUUCCGAAGGGAACCUGUGGCUGGGCAGCAACGCCCACUGCUGCUGCGAAAGACCGCAAAACACCCCCGCGGCCGUCCGACCCUCUUCUUCCCCCUCCUCGUCGUACGCUUCUUCAUCUUCUCCCUCUUCAUCGCAUUCUUCUGCAUCUUCUGGUUCUCCCAGUUCGGCUGCGCCACGGCCUGCCUCUUCGCCUUCCGCCGCUUCGGCCGCCGCAGACCACACAGGCGGGAGCGAGGUCAGGCCUGCAGGCAGCAGAGAGGCGUCUCCCGUCCCUGUUUGUUCGGAGAACCGUGCGGAGGGAGAGGGAGCGGCCGCCGCGCUGGAAGGGGAGAGAAAAAAGAGGCGCGCGACGAGUGGAUCUCCAGGGCGGUUGACCUGCAGCUGCGGUGGCAGGCGCCCGCGUGAUUCGGCGUCGCGCAGAGACAGGAGAGGAGAUGAGGCCGCGCGAGGAGCCGAGGACUGCCCAGAAGACGAUAGGAACGAAGGGCGAGCGACCGGUCCGCCUCGCGCAUUUCAGCACUGUCCCAUGCGCAUGGAGGCCAUCAGGCUGCCGGUCUCUCAAGGCGCCCAAGGAGCAAUGGAGGAGCGAGGCGCCUGUCUCUUCUUUUCGCUGGCUGACCUGUCCCCCGUGCUGCCGGCGACCACACCCCUCUCGCAGGACGGCGCGUCCUCCCGGCAAGCGCCUGCGCCUUCGGCCGUGAGUCCGCUUUCGAGUUUUCCGUUUUUUCCGCCUCUGCGGUUCGCCGUCCUCUGCCAGUCGCGGCUGUAUCGCAAGCGCUACGGCCUCAUCAUUCGCGGGCGGACGCUGAGCUGUCGGGCGUCGCCGCUGCCGCACGUCCCUGCGAAGGUGGUCUGCGGAAGCAAUGCUGACUGCGGCCUGCUGCUCUUCACAAACGGCGUCGCCUACCAGUGGCAGGCCAGUCUCUCCGAGACUGGCAAAGUCGUUCCAGGGCUGCGAAAGGUUGAGGGCUCGCUCAAAGACCAGCGCAUCGUGGACAUCUUCGGCGCGCAGUCCGCGCCGGCGGAUCUCUCCGCGAGUUCUCUAGCUCCGCUUGCGGCGGGAGGGAGAGGCGCGACCGGCGGCGGCGAGUUCUUUCUGCUGGACUCUGCGUCGGUCCUCCACGAAUACAACUUCGGCCUUGGACACACGCCUGCGCUGGCCUCGUCGUCUGUGUUCGCGCUCGCCGCCUCCGCCAAUUCGCGCCGGCCUCUGAUUCCGCAGCCGAUCGAGUGCACCCCGUUCUGCUUCGACUUACUGUAUGGCCACCCCGCCGGCGACCGGCGCAUUCCGUACCGAAUCGAGAACUUCCCGAAGCUGCUGGCGGCGCUGCCCAAGUCGUAUCUUCUCUUCAUUCUCAGUCUCACAUGCGUCUCGCCGGAGGCUGUCCUGCAAAAAUAUCUUUUUCUCCCCCCCGGCGAAAGCCUCGCAGCUCCGCGCCCUCUGGCGCCACCCGCUUCGUCCGCUGCUGCCGUCCCCCCUUCCGCCGCGUCUUCGCCGGCGGAAGACAAAUCCGAUCGCGUGCAGGGAGACCUGCGCAAGGCGCCCACUCUGCAGUCCGCCGCCACCCCCUCGUCGCCAUCUUCUCUCUCGUCUUCAUCAUCUGCGUUUCUUUCUCGCUGCGUUGAGCACUUCAUGCGGCUCAGGCAGUCAGAGAUUGCGCUGCUGUAUCGCACUCCGCGGCUCUCCCGUGCCGCGUCUCGCGAGAAAGCCUCUCUAGAACUGGAACAAGAUGUCUGUGUUGUGCGCCUUCAUCAUCCUGCGCUCGGGCCUCUCGCUUCUGCGCCGUCGCCCGCGCCUUCCUCGUCCUCUCCUUCGUCUCAAGAGACCUUCGCUGGCCUUUCUUCUCUGCGCAGAGACGCGGCGGCCUCUGUGCAAGACGCGGGGGAGUUUCUGCUGCUGGUUCGCCGCAGUGGCGCCGUUGAAGCCCUUCAGAAGCCUCUCUUUGCUGUGCGCAUGUGGCGGCGGGGCCUCGAGGGUCAGCUGCUCGAGUUCGGCGGACGCCGCAGAGAAACGCUCCAGGCGAUCUCGAAAUGGCAUAUUCAAGAGUUGCUGCAGCUGCAUGGCGAGCUUCGUCUGGGCAUGCACGUCCCGUCGUCGCUCGCGGCUGCGGCGGCGGAGUCGCUUUUUGCUUCCGCGGCGGAGGACGCGCCUGCCUCAGCGGCUGCGCGGCUGUGCCCGGCUUCUCCCUGCGCGCUGCAGCUGCACCUGCGUCUCCUGGACAUGGCGUCGGCGUCUGCUGCGCCUUUUCGGCUCUUCUCAGGCAGCGGCUACGUGAUCCUGACCAGGUACCGCGUCCGCCGCAGCGGCGAGUUCCUCUCAUCCUUCACGGGCGCCGUUGCGCCCGACAGGCUCGUCAGGGUUCCAGGCGAAAGGGCGGACGAUGCGCCGCGUGCGGCGGCGGCGGCGCGACAGGAGGCGACCGCGUCCCCGCACGCGAGCGGCGAGCGCAUGCAGGUUGCGGAGGCGCGCGAGGCCGGAGGAAGGCGAGUGGAGAGCGGCGAUCCUUCCCGUCCUGCGUCUUCUUUCCCUGCCUUCGCGGGCUCCUCUCGAGCGCAAAGGGCGCCUAGCUCGCGGCGCCUCGGCAUCCUGUCGCCGACGUCCUUCUCGGGGUCGCUCGCCCUCGAUUCCGCGUCGCGGGGCGCGCGCACUCGGGACGAGGAGAACGAAGGCAGCGGUCUGCCUGAGCCGCUGCGGCUGCUGGCGGCAGACUUGCGCCGGCAUGCAUGCGCAGCGGCGGCGGAGAAUCCGCGUCUGUUUGUGCGUCUCGCCGAUCUCCAGCGCGUUCUUCUCGGUCGCGCGCAGCGGCUCCUGCGUCGGUACUUGAAAGAAAGCGAAAGCAGCAACGGCGCGGCAGCCUGCGAAACGCCUCGUUCCGCAGCAGACGACGCGCCGGUCCCGAGACACAACACGCCCGAAGAGAGAGGCCCGCGGGGAGAUGCAGACAGGGCGAGCCUCGAGCGAGAAGAAAGAGAACCUGGCGCGGAAGCGCGCGUGGAGACUCUUGACGAGAUUGUCAGCGCGUUUGUCUCGGACUUGGUCGCGCACUUUACGCUGAUGCAUGCGCGCUCGAGUCGGCAGGCGAAGCCGGGGAGUCGUCUCUCUUCGCGGGGUGAGCGCGGGCUCGACGGAGGAAGCUCGCUGCCUCGCCGACACUUUGGAGCCGGCGAGGUCCCUGGUCGCGCGGCGCGGCGUCGAGCCGAAAGCGACGGGGACGACGACAAGGGAGAGGCGAAGCGACGCAGAGUCUCGCCCUAUUCGUCCGCGGGGGCUGCGCUCGCGCGAGAGGAUGCACCGAGAAGACGCGAGCGCCGCUUCCGUGCCCAUGGCGACCGUGCGGAUGGCUCGCGCUUCUCCGAGUCCUUUUCGCCUUCGUUCAACUCCGCCGCUGCAGGCGUGCGCACGAAGGAGGAGCGCAUGCGACUGCGGCAGAGAGCGACAGGGCGACACGCGGUGCUGCUGGAGCAGGCCCGCAGAAGACGGCUGCUGCGGCUGAAGCUCGCCGCGCGCCGGCGCCAGCGAGAGGAGAGCGCGGCAACAGGCGGCAGCGCAGAAACAAGAACCGGCGAGCAGCCUGCGGCAGUCGACAGCGACAGUCUGCGACACCGGGAGAAGCUGGAGACGGGCUGCGGCGGCGCGCAGCAUCCAGAGGCAGGCGGCGAGACUUCCGCGCACACCCCGCAGGCUGACGGCGACCGCGCAGGAGAGGAGACAAGAGACGCCUCAGGAGAUGCGCGCCACGUGAGGCACGAAGAGAAAGGCCUUCAGUGCAAAAACGGCUUAGAAAACGGUCUACCUGAGGAGGCAGGCACGCGAGGCAAGACGCAGGAGGAAACAGAGAUCCUCGACGAGGGUGGCGGAGAAGGCGCAGGCGGCUCGCGCGCCCUGAACUUCGAACAGAGGAGGGCCGCGAGGGACGCAGCCGUAUCGCCCGCGUCGCUCGACUGCGACCCGUCGGCCUCCUCCGCGGAUGCGGUCGCGUAG